AUGGAGGGAUCGAGUACUAAAGGCAAGUUAUGGCAUAAUAUUUUUUUAUGUGCUCCAGAGUCCAUCAACUGUGCCGGGUGCUUGAACAACAUUGGAGAAAAUGACUAUGUGUCAGCGUUGGAACAAGAAUGGCAUACAGAUUGCUUCAGGUGCUCAGUAUGCGACUGCAUGCUAUCAACAUGGUACCAUGAGAAGGGCGGUCUGCUGUUCUGUCAACAGGACUACUGGGCGCGCUUCGGCGAGCCUUGUCACCACUGUCAAAAGGUGAUGACGGGCCCAGUUAUGGCGGCCGGUACUCGCCACUAUCACCCAGAGUGCUUCGCAUGCAACACGUGCGGAGCCCCCAUCGACGACAAGGAGCCCUAUGCUGUGCAGCAAGAACGGUUGUAUUGUUCUCCAUGUUACGCGCGUUCAGAGGCGGGUGCGCGCGCGCUGCGCGUGGUGCGGGUGCCGGUGCCGGUGCCGGUGCCGGUGCCGGUGCCGGUGCCGGUGCCGGUGCCGGUGCGGGUACCGGUGCCGGUGCCGGUGCCGGCCGCCAAGCUCAAAGAUACUGAAGGGCGCUGCGCUCACAACAUGUCGGCCGUGGUGCGCGCCGUGCUGCGCGCCGCCCUCACCGCCUGCGUCCAGCUCACCUGCCAUAGGAUAGACUCGUCUUGCGGUCUGCUGACCCUUCACAUCGGGGACCGCAUACUGGAGAUCAACCCGCCUAAACCCAAGGACGAGCCUGAUAAAAUACAAGACACAGUUAUACAGCUUACUAUAGAACCACCAGAAACACCAAUGUGCAACAUACAGACUGAGACGGAGCCCUCGUUAGAAGGGGACGGCAAGAAGGAGCGGCUGUUCAAGAGGAAGGGAGACGGCGCGAACAAAAGGGUCAUUAAGAGGAGACAGCCGAGCUCGCCUUUACUAUGUGAUAAGGAAAAGAGUAGCAGCAUGUCCAAGUUGUUGGAUGCUGUUGAUGGUGAUCCGGAACCAACGGGCGUACUAUGUGACCUAUCAAGGGCUCGGUCGUUCCGGGCGGAGCCGCGGCACGUCACGCAGCGAGUUUUCCGCGCUUGCGAUUUAUUACAGGGCGAGCUACUGGGAUCUGGGUUUUUCGGUGAAGUGUACAAAGUGACUCAUAGCGAAACCGGCGAGGUGAUGGUGCUCAAGCAAUUGUACAGAUUAGACGAGGACGCGCAGAGGAACUUUCUCAAAGAGGUGGCGGUACUGCGUUCUCUGUCUCACCCGAACGUGUUGCGUUUCAUUGGGGUGCUGUACCGAGACAAAAGACUGCAUCUGGUGACCGAAUACGUCGCCGGAGGGACUCUAUACAAUCUCAUACAGGAUACUAGUACGGAGUUGUCGUGGACGGAGCGCGUCCGCCUCGCGAGAGACGUGGCGGGGGGCGUGGGGUACCUGCAUCGCAUGAACGUCAUACAUCGGGAUCUCAACUCACACAACUGUCUAGUGCGCGAGGACAAGACAGUGAUCGUGGCGGACUUCGGGCUCGCUCGGAUUGUACAACGAACGGCGAGCAGCUCGCUCGAGCGCCACUCCACAUUACGGAGGAAACGGUAUACGGUGGUGGGUAACCCGUACUGGAUGGCGCCGGAGAUGAUGAACGGGAACGUUUACGAUGAGAAAGUGGACGUGUUCUCCUUCGGGAUCAUACUUUGCGAGAUAAUCGGGCGCGUAUCGGCUGAUCCAGAUUUCCUCCCGCGGCGGCCGGACUUCGGUCUCAACGAGCCCUUAUUUUUAGAGAAGUUUUGCCACAACUGCCCACCACCACUCUCUCGUGUGGCGCUACUAGCUGCCCAUUUACAUCCCGGACACAGGCCCACCUUCGAAGUGAUCGAGAUAUGGUUAGAGACGCUGCUGAUGCACAUGGGCAAGUCGGCUGCGCAGGCGCGCCUGCUCGCCGACGUGGCGCAGUACGCGGCGGGCGGAGCGCCCGCGCCCGGCGGGGAGCUGCGGGGGCUGCUGGAGGUGCUCAAGUCCCCAUCGACGGUGACCAUCACGGCGACCCCCUCAAACACCGGCCGUGCGCUGGGCAAGUGCGUGUCCGCGUCGCACAUCGGCGCGCCGCCGCGGGUGGUCACCGUCACCAACCUGAGCCGCAGCCACAACACGCUACACACGCCGGGCUACAUACUGCGACAGCGACCUGGCAACAUUGACAUCACCAAGGUAUUACUCCAUCAACAUGACCAUCACGUGGUCACCGUCACCAACCUGAGCCGCAGCCACAACACGCUACACACGCCGGGCUACAUACUGCGACAGCGACCUGGCAACAUUGACAUCACCAAGGUAUUACUCCAUCAACAUGACCAUCACGUGGUCACCGUCACCAACCUGAGCCGCAGCCACAACACGCUACACACGCCGGGCUACAUACUGCGACAGCGACCUGGCAACAUUGACAUCACCAAGGUAUUACUCCAUCAACAUGACCAUCACGUGGUCACCGUCACCAACCUGAGCCGCAGCCACAACACGCUACACACGCCGGGCUACAUACUGCGACAGCGACCUGGCAACAUUGACAUCACCAAGGUAUUACUCCAUCAACAUGACCAUCACGUGGUCACCGUCACCAACCUGAGCCGCAGCCACAACACGCUGCACACGCCGGGCUACAUACUGCGACAGCGACCUGGCAACAUUGACAUCACCAAGGUAUUACUCCAUCAACAUGACCAUCACGUGGUCACCGUCACCAACCUGAGCCGCAGCCACAACACGCUGCCCACGCCGGGCUACAUACUGCGACAGCGACCUGGCAACAUUGACAUCACCAAGGUAUUACUCCAUCAACAUGACCAUCACGUGGUCACCGUCACCAACCUGAGCCGCAGCCACAACACGCUACACACGCCGGGCUACAUACUGCGACAGCGACCUGGCAACAUUGACAUCACCAAGGUAUUACUUCAUCAACAUGACCAUCACGUGGUCACCGUCACCAACCUGAGCCGCAGCCACAACACGCUGCACACGCCGGGCUACAUACUGCGACAGCGACCUGGCAACAUUGACAUCACCAAGGUAUUACUCCAUCAACAUGACCAUCACGUGGUCACCGUCACCAACCUGAGCCGCAGCCACAACACGCUGCACACGCCGGGCUACAUACUGCGACAGCGACCUGGCAACAUUGACAUCACCAAGGUGGACGACAUCUCCGCGUGGCUGGACCCGCGGCCCAGCGACUCCCCCAGCAUGCCGGCCUUCCUCCGCAACCAGUCCGUCGAGGGCCUGGAGACCCGCGCCAAGCGCGACGCACCCGCGCCCUUCUGCCGCCACCACAGCAUCCCGGACCGGUGCCAGGACGACAGCCCGCUCAAUGAUGACGACUCUGAUUCUUCCGAUGACGAUCUUGAAGAUAUUACGGAUUGGCACAGAAACGUUUCGACCGUCGGCACGUCCUUCAAAAAGAUCGAAAAAAUGGAAGUCGACCAACCCAAAAACCUCCUGUCGGGCAUCGUGAAAAAAGGCGAGAAUCUACUCAAGAAUAACAGCUAUGAUGUCACCAACGUUACCCUGAGGAACCCAGACGAGAGGAAAAUACCUGAAGUAGAGUGUAGGAGAUUUAAUAUAGACUAUUUGAAUAAAAGUCCUGUUAUGGCUGUAGCUGUUAAAAACAUUCAAAAAGAAGCGAAACCUGUGGAAAAAACUGGAUUUUUUACUAAAACCUUACUCUCGCCUAAAUUUAGUAGACUCUUCAAACCGAACACGGCGGAGGUGGUGCGGAGUAAGACAGAGAUGGAUGAUAAAGAGGAAAAGAGUCGGAGCAAGUUCUUUAUACAGCGGCCCGCGUCGCCGAGCAACUUGUAUAGAGGGCAUCGAGUACGGCCCGUUGAGGAUACCAAGGACAAAAAGGAGAACCACAUACUGAAAAGCGACCUGAAGUUGGCGAGCCUGGGCAAGCCGAUGACGCCGAUAUUCCGGCGCCACGCCGUCUCCGAGCGCGAGCGCCCCGCCUUCGCGGACGGACGCUUCAGCUGCCGCGACCGCAAGCCCAGGGACGACAAGUUCAUAGAACUGGGAAGGAACAGGAUCAAAGCCCCCGCCAAGCCUCUAAUCCGCUGCUCACCAACCACCAACGUGCCUCUAGAAGUAGAUAAACCCGAGAAGAGGCGAGAAGGAAUCUCUAGAAGCAACUACGUCAGCCUCGCCAACCUCAAGAUCAACAGCAAGAAGGAAUUCGAGAAGAAGAGAGAGGAUAGUUCGCCGGUCGAACGGGUCAUUUAGACAGGGUACAGUAGAUUUUUUAUUAUUUGAUUUUCAACCUUAACACAAUGAAGGUAAAGUCGAUAUUAUAAACUUUGAAUGAACGUUUUAAUACAUUUGAUUAUACCAUGUUGUAUAGUCGUUCGAUUUGUAGCUGGCCCCGAACGGCUAAUCCUUUGUCUAUUGUUAAGUAAAAACCGCACGUGCUACUUACCUGCAUAAAAAAGCUUGGGUAGCUUUAUUCCGUUUUUGAAUUACGACUCUAUAGUAAUUAGAAUAAGAUUCAACAUGAACUCAUUGACAAAUAUUUUUCGAGUGUGUGUGUGUUCCCUCUACGGUUAUUGAGUGCGGGCGAGUGGAACGCUACAUAACCAGUCUAAAAUGUGUUGUCGAGAUGCGUAACAAAGGUGCGUUAUCGGAGAGCACACUUACAUUGGUUUUUUUUAGCGUUGGACUAGCCCGCGCUCAGGUGCCAAUAAGAAUUUAUACUACUUACUUACUUACCCCGUCGGCUCAGCGACCCAAAAUGAGACUUUGCCUCCGACACAACACAGCGCCACUUUUCUCGGUCCUGUGCGACCGCUCGCCAAUUGAUUACUCGAAGUUCGCGCAGAUCCGCCUCCACCGUGUAUUAGAAUUAUACGACCCGUUUUACUUAACAAUAGACAAAGGAUUAGCCGGGGCCAGCUACAAAUCGAACGACUAUAAUAAACAUUAAGCCAUUAUUAAAAAGCGUCGUAGCAUGUCAUUGUUUUAAAAUAUUUACAUUAUUUGUGUGUGUUAAGGGUGAAAAUCAAAUAGAACCAAACACAAACUAAUUUUGAAAUACAGAAACAACUGCAGUCGAUGAACACAUGUUACAAGGAAAAGAUAUGAAAGAAAGGAAAGAUAAGAAAGAAGAUAAGGAAGAUAUGAAAGGAAGGAUAAGAUACGCUAUUAAUAGUACAUUACGAUACAAGUGCGAAAAAUAGGACAUUCGCAACGAGUGGCGAUAAAUUAAAACACGACCGAAGGACACGAUUUGCGAAAUACCUAUUCGCACAUGUAUCGUACAACGUUUUACAGUACAUAUGGCCAUUUAAUUUUUUUGGCAUAGUUACGUAAAGUGCUAAUUAUCGCACUAGUGCGGUAAAGUAGCACCAUAUGUAAUGUUAUAAUGAUAGAAACAAUAAAGCCAUGAAUGACGUGUAUUAAUACAACACUAAAGACAAUUACAAUUUUAGGAUUUCCCGCCUUUUGGACCAUUCCCAGUAUACUUGCCAAUUCGCGGCAUAUAUAUGAUACGAGUAAUUAUAUUAUUGUGGUUUGUGCUUCUACGUAAUCGAGAUAGAACGUUUGUAUUAAAGCUUUUGCGUAUAUACGUAUAGCGUAUAUCAGGGUGUUUCUACAAAAUCAUGUUAAAUAUAAAGCAUAAAAUGCGUACCAUCGUCUAUACAAUAAUAUAUCAAGUUGUGUAGUUAUAAGAGCACCCAUAAUCAAAUAUAUUACACGUUUAUAGGAAAAUAUACUUUGGACAACUGCACACUAUAAAGCAUUCGUCCUACUCUAACAUUAAAGUGUGAAAAGGACGGUUGUUUUAUGUGCUAAUCAGGGAAUGUAAACCGGUUUUUAAUUAUAUCUAAACCGACAUUUCAUACAAAUUAAAACCGGUUUACAUUCCCUAGUGCUAAUGUCCUGUUUUAACUGCGGCUAAGCCGAUUUUCUAGAAUUUAUACGUCAAAUUUUGAUGCAGUUUAUUCGUAAUUGUGAUAAUGUACACAUGUACAGUACCGGCCAAUAAUAUAUCACCUCCAUGUUUUUACAGUAUAACUUUUUUAUAUAUUUGUGAGUGACUUCCACCUCACUGCUUUAGGAAGUCUAGUAGUACUCCUUACGGGGGUACGGGCGAUGAGAAAAAUGGUCUCAUGUUAUGGUUUUUUUAAAUGUAUUGUCUACUUCAAUUUUUUUGUACAGAUUUUUAGUAAUAUGCUGAGUCUCCUAUUGUAAUUCACAGUAUUUCAUUGCAGUAUUCUUCAUAUAUUUGUAUAAAAUGAGUAGUAAAAUAUGCAAUCUACAAACUAACCUAAGAUAUUGUUUACUCUAUACAAGCAAAGAGGAUAUAAUAAGAUAGAGCGGUACUGUCAUAGUAAAUUUUGUAACCACAGUAAAUUUACUGCCAUCUAUCGACACACUUUAAAACUAAAAAUGAAGAUUUAUAAAAAUACGAUAAAAUGUAUUUAAAUAUGGAUAAAUGUUUUUUUUUUUAUUAAUAAUUAUUUUUAUAUGAUUUUGACCCAUGUUCUUUCACUGAUAUGCGUUAAAAUUGUUAAAUAACAAACAAAACCGUCAACGCCAUCUAUACUACUGUAGGCCAAAACUAGUAGUGCCCUCUGAACGAGAAUCAAAUUUCCUUGAUUUUCGAGGCACGUUUUUUCCUUAGACUGUAUCCAUCUAUUACGGAGUUAUAUCUAUCUUUGAUACAAGCUUAUACAAAAACACUCAAAGGCGAUAUAUUAUUGGCCGGUACUGUAUGUUAUCGUUAGAUGUUUGACACUACGUAAAUGAAUGCGGUCAAUUGUUUGUACGCUUCGUUAGUUAUUAUAAUAUGCAAGUGAGCGUGGUUUGAUACUUGUAUAAUAAUAUCAAAUCUUUCUAUAGCUCAUUUCAGUUUAUCUGGCUCGAGCGAAAGAGACGAGAGUUAUUGCAUCUGAUUGACCUAAGUAUUACAACAAAAAAUAAUAAAAAAUACAAAAAUAGAACCCAGAUGAGGGCAUUCUGUAGCGUUUGCUUGUCGUAUACACAUUAUACACGAGUUAGGUUUUAUACCAAUGUUCUAUCGUAUUGUAACAUAGUGUUAAAAGAUGUUAUACGCGAUGUAGUUAUUCGGCGAUUUUUUAAGUCGUUUACUUUAUAACCUGUAUAUACACUGUAAUAGAUGUCAUAUAUUAAAGAAAAAGUGACGAAGCCCUCCAGUGGUGAAGGCCGGAGUCGGAAGGCGGGUGGUCGUUUACUUUACUUGACCCAUUUUAAGGCAGAUACGUAGUUAAACUAUAAUAAAUAAUAAUGACAUACAAAAAUAAUCUACGCAUUGUGGACGUAAAAAUUUGGUCCACGAAAUUAUGUUACUGUACUUAUAUUAAAUGUAUAUGAUUUUUUGGAGAUUACUACAUUUUUAUUGCGAUUUAUAAGUCCUAAAAUAUACACGUCGUAUUCGUCUCUAUUAUCUAUUAAUUAAUAGCAUUUUAUUAAUAUUCUUCUGUCCAACUUUUAGAGCAAUAUUAUAUAAUGCCUUAAUAGCUUUUUAUACUAGAUAUUCAAUAUUAUACAAUUAGGUGCAGACUUGCAAUAAUAUUUGUAUGUGUUUUUAUGUGUUGGCUUCGACAAAUAUUUACACUGAGUGCCAUGUUAUAUUUAUACCGAAUAGUAUUGAAUAUAUCUGAUAAAUUGAAUCUCAUUACGUAUUCCAAAUAUUCCAAUAGUUACUUGUAUUUAUAAUUUUGCAUUUGGAAUCUCAAAUAAGUAGCUUGUCAUUCAAGUUUAUUAAUUUUGACAUUAUUUUACCUGUUGAUUUUUGAAUUUUAUCAUUGUGUGUUAAAUUGAAACUUCCUACAGUAGUGGCUAUACUUGAAUGUUUAAUACCUUGGAAAAUCUCGAAAAAUACUCUUGUACACAUCUCUAUAUAACAUAUAUACCUAUAUAAGUAUAUAUUCUUGUCAUCAAAGGAAUACAACAAGGUGGGAAUAUUUUUAAAAAAAUGACACAAAGAGAUACAUUAUUUGCCGGAACUAUUCAAGCUCUUGAUCCAUCACUUGUUCUUUAAAUUUUAUACAUAGGUAUAUAUAUACUCAAGGACAAAUUUAGAGGAACCAAAAAAAAAGGUUUAUUUACUGGAUUACAACACCUAAAGUAAUUUCAAAAUUAGUAAUUAAACUUUUUUUUGCGUUCCUCUAAAUUUGUCCAUGAGUGUAAGUGGUAUUUGGUUUGUAAAUUCCAACUGGCAUAUCAUAUAAUGUUAAAACGAGCCAAUGCGACCCGUAUUCGUAUACAUAAUUAAUAUGUCUGAGUCUCACGGAAGUUUUGUUAUAAAACUAUAAAAUUGGUUCAAACUGUACCAUGGUGUCUAAACUGUCAUAAUCGCCCACUGUUAACUGAUAAUCGAACUUAUUGCAAAGACAUAAAGUCCACAGAUGGUCAGAGGGCCUAGCCACGAUGACAAACGUUCAGAAAACGAAACAAAACAUUAUUAAGUAUUUCUCUUCCAUAUCAGUGUGAUAGAGACAGAUAACGUUUCGUUUCUCUGCGAUUGUCAUGUUGGCUAGGCCCUCAGUUAAGUGUUGCGGUUAGUACCGUAAUUAGACCUAGUAUUAGAAUAUGACAAUACAUUAACUGUAUUAAUUUAUUAACAUUAGUAGCCUAAGUUUUAAUGUUUGAAGUCUGAAGUUUACUUUGAAACAGGGUGCCAUUUUUUUCCUAAUAAUGCUUUGAUCGAAAUUUGAACCUUCAAGAAAAGUUCGUGGUGUUGCAGGUGUCCGUGGGCGCCGGUAACUGCUUACCAUAGGGCGAUUUGUCUGCUCGGUUGCUUCCUAUAUCAUACAAAAAUACCCUGUUCCAUUUAGUAAAACCACCUUUUUUUUGUGAAUGAAGGAAAUUUGAUUAUUUUCAAAUAAUUUUGAUGAAAGCAUUGUUUCUGUUUAUUAGUGUAGAGUGCUCACGUAUAUUUUAUCUGUGAUACAUUUUGUUUGUAAAAUGUUGCAAUAACGAGUAUUAUAGGUGUCUAGUUUAUGGCCAUAGUUACGUUAAAGUUGAGGUUACGUUGGCGCCAGCUUUCAUACAAACUAAACAACAAAAUAAUAACGAUAUAAAACUAUUUAUAUAAACGGAUUAAUGCUACAUCGCGACGUUUCAAACUGGCGUCUUUGAGCUAAGACGCCUGGUAUUACUAAGAUGGCAUAUAGUCGAGAAAUUGUGACGUGUACCGCCGUGGCGGGGUGGCCUAGGCGUUAGCCGCGAAAGCUAAAGACGCCGGUUCGAAUCCGGCCUUCACUACUGGAGGACUUCGUCACUUUUUCUUUAAUAUAUGACAUCUUUUACAGUUUAUAAUUUAUAUAGUGUGACUACUUAAAAAAACGUCAAAAUAUUUAAUAAAAUAAUUUGAUUUGAUUCCGAAACUUGUUCAUAAAAAAAACCUGUUUUAAAAGGUAGUAUUGCCGAUCGAUAGUGACUGUCUUGCCUAAUAUUUUAGGUCCGGUGUAUAUUAGAUUUUUGUUUGUAUGAAAGCUAGGUACACUAAUAACUUCCUAUGAAUAUUUUAACACAUUAACAGUGUAACAACGAGUAUUUCCGUCUCCUGCAUUCCAGAUUUUAUUGUAUUUACUAUUUAGUAUCGUUUAAGUACAAAUCAAUAAAGGAUUAUAUA